AUGGCGGCAACCACGAAACAACGUUUCAAUCCAAAGGACGUUUCGAUUCCGAAACUGCCGCAACGGUCCAAGGAUAUUGAAAUAGCGUCGUCACCUCACUCAAAACGGGGGGUAGUUGUGGAAAUUGUGAAGUCAAAUUCUUGUGGUUUGUUGUCCUUGCUGUAUCUGACUGAUAGAUGUGCAAGAUUGGAGAAAUUGAAAGCACUUUUUUUCUUUAAUUUCAAUGAAAUUUCUGCUGAAUUCAAGGAGAAUUGGAUUUUGUUGGAAUUUUUUUUCUCAAAACGGGUUACAAUGAGCCAGGCAGAGAUGAAAGAGAUCAUAAGAAAGCAGAUAUUGAAUCCAUUAAACUCCUUCAAGGGGCUUUUCAAAGAUUUUCUACAGCUUCUAGACUACAAGCCAACACUGAUAAAAGCUCUAUUUACCAAGCUGGGAUGGAUGCAUAUGAAAAACAAGAUAUAUUGAACUUACUGGGGUUUGAAGAAGGUACUCUCCCUUUCAAAUAUCUAGGAGUACCCCUGUCAUCUAAAAAAUUAACUAUUCAACAAUGUCUGCCCUUAAUUGAGAAGAUCACAACAAGAAUUAGUUGUUGGUCUGCAUGGCUGCUUUCUUACUCUGGUAAACUACAACUAAUCAAAUCAUCAUUGUUUGGUAUUCAAACCUAUUGGCACAAAUAUUCCUUUUAUCCAAGAAGGUUAUGAAGAUGAUUGAAACAGUGUGUAGAUCUUUCUUAUGGACUGGUGAGGCAUCCAUUACAAAGAAAGCACUGGUAUCUUGGGAAAAAGUUUAUAUGCCCCAAACUGCUGGUGGCUUGAAUGUCAUAAAGUUGUGCACUUGGAACAAAGCUGUUGUGAUCAAACAAACAACUAUGGGUUGUUGCAAUAAAAAAAGACUGUUUGUGGAUAAAAUGGGUUCAUAACUACUACAUCAAAAAACAGGAUUGUGAGCACAUGCCUACACCUAAGGCUGCAACAUAGGUGAUCAGGAAAAUUUUAGAGACUAGAAAGACCCUGCAGAGUUAAUCCAUGAAGGGAUCCUUGAUUGAUCGACUGAAGAUUUUGCUGGUGCACGAACAAUUUUCAAUUAAGCAGGCCGACCUUAUACUGAUGCUCCAGUAUUAGAAAGUCCCUUGGAAGAGCAUAGUCUUACAGACAAGCAUCCAUCCCAUAUUCAAGUUCAUAUUAUGGUUGGCUACACAUGAAAGACUAGCUACACUGGAUAGGCUAAAUAAAAUAGGAGUGCAGGUGCCUCAAGAUUGUGCAUUCUGCAAAACCACUACUGAAACACUAGAGCAUCUAUUCUUUGAAUGCUCAGUAACAAAAAGUGUGUGGACCAGAUUACCGGUGUGGUUAGGCAUGAAAAGUAACAUAAAUGGAUGGAAAGGGGAGCUUAGCUGGGCUUAUCGAAUGGCUAAAAAAAAGACAGGGCGAGGGGCCAUUGCUAGCUAUGUAUUUGCUUUGCUAAUAUACAGUUUAUGAAGGAAAAGAAACAUGAUUAGAUUCCAGCAAGGCACUUUCGAGGAGCACAUAAUUUGCAGAGAGAUUGUCCUUCACGUGCACACUAGAGGUAGAAGACAUCCAUCAUGGCAACACAUAUUACAUAGCUUAUAUAGAUUUGCUUAGUUCCUUUGUAUGUGAUGAUCAUUAUAUCUUCUGUUUUUAGUCUUUUAAGCAAUUCCUAGAUUUGUAGUGUGUGAAUGAAAUGUGUAAUCAAGGACUAGAUUCAGAUUCUGGAUAGUAGAUGGUCAUCAAC